AUGCGCGCGCUGCAGCUGGGCGCGGCGGGCGCGCGGGGCCCGUACACGUAUGCUAGCACGCCGCGCGCGCUCUACAACAACGCCAAGCUGCGCCGCGACCCCUCCUGUGGAGGGGGCCUCUUUCCUGCAGCAGGGAAGAAAGGGAAGGUAAUUUUGCCAAACCAGCCAGAUUACUGCGAACUACCCAACCAUCGAGCUGUUUCGGAGCUCAUCACAUCGCCAAACUGUUUGAGCGAUUUCUGCUGGGAAGCCUUGAGCUUUAGAAGAUUAACAGCAGAGCAUAUCAAAGCUACUACGAGUAGUAGAUGUGCGGCCUCAUAUGCGGACAUCAAGCUCAAAUAUACGUCCGCAAUCCACACCCGACCGACCGUUCGAGAGCUUGUCGGCCACCACGCACUCACGCUGUUCGCUCGCGUAUGCACCAACCUCCGUGCAGCCGCGCCUCGAGCGAGACCGCCGGAAGGGCGGGCCUGCCUGGCGCGUUCCUGCUACAAACGAAAACGAAUCUUAGGCAUCAAUGGCGAUGAAUACGCAAUCAGAACUGAACCCUCGGCGGUCCACCCGCAGCCAUCGCUUCGUUCGUGUUCGUCGUUCGCCGCAGUUGACCGCCGGCCGCGGGCGCGCGGCCUGCGCUUGCGUGUCGCAGCCGCGGACGCGGGGCGGGCGGCACUCGGCCGAGCGCCCGCAGCCAUGCCGGCGCUCCAGCUGGCCGCGCACGCCUUCACGGUUAUAAGCGGCUCGGGCGCGCCGCCGCCGCCAGUCGCGCGCCGCGUGCUCGCGGUGCGGCCGCAACAGCGCCCGGCCGCGCCCGACGCGCACUUCGCGCGCGCGCUCGACCUCAAGCUGCGCCGCCUCAAGCAGCGCGAGCGGCUGGCGGCCGGCCAGCGCCGCGCCGACGCUGACCGGCCGCGCUUCGUCACCACGGUGAAGACGGGCCAGUUCCUGCUGCCGCCGCCCGGCGCGCCCGCCCACCCGGGCCUGCACGCGCUGUACGCCGCGCGCGAGCCCGUCGUGUACGAGUACGCCAGCCGGCCCAAGCCGGUGGCCGCGCGGGCCCGGCGCUCGCUGCCCGGCAGCGGGGACCGGGUCCCGAACGGCGCGCCCGUGGCUCUCCGCGGCGAUGAGCCCUCGCCCUCGGGCCCCGGAAUGGCCUUCCGGGGCGUCCGAGCGUUGAUCGCCGGCGUGGCGGGCGUUAGGCGCCUGCUCGAGCGACGGGACUGCGUGUUAGUACUCCCUUACUCCAACCUGAUGCAUGACAAGCGCGUGGUGCGCGGGAGCACUUUUGGAUCCCAUCCGCAAGCCGCCGGCGACGCGCCGGGCGGCGCCGCGCGGUCGCGCCGGCUGCGCGCGCGCCGGCCCGGCCGCGCCACCACGCCGCCGCCCGCGCCCGGACGCCGCCACCUGCGCGCGCAGACCGACCACUACCUGGAGGAGCUGUUCGCCAAGGGGCAGGAGCUGGAGGCGGGCGUGCAGACGGAGCUGUCGGCCGAGCGGCCCGCCACGCCGGCCUACGCGCCCGCCGCCAGUGGCGCCGACGCGCACACGCAGAUAUACGCCGGGGACCUGUUCGACUUCGAGCUGGAGGUGCAGCCGCUGCUGGAGCAGCUGGUGGGCGGCGCGGCGCGGCAGGCGCUGGCGGAGGCGGCGCAGGAGGAGGAGCUGGCGGCGCUGCGCGAGCAGCAGCGGCGCUUCCGCGAGCUGCGCGACGCCGAGCUGGCCGAGCGGCAGCGCCUGGCCGCGCAGCACGCGCGCCUGGCGCGGGAGAAGGCGCGGCGCGCGGGCGAGGCGCGGGCGGCGCGCGCAGCGGGCGAGCAGGCGCGCGCGCGGGCGGCGGGCGCGGCGCUGGUGCGCGGCUACGUGGCCGAGCUGCUGCCGUCGCUGCUGGCCGGCCUGCGCGACGCGGGCCACCUGCUGCGACGCCUGCAGACAGGUGUAGAAGAAGAGUUCAUGCCGUGGCUGGUAGACGAGGUCUCCCAUGAAAUCGAGUCCAUCAUCACGAGCAGAGAUGUCCUCACGGACAUCGUGCGCGGCGUGCUGGCGGCGCGCGCGCAGGUGCCGGGCGCGCCGCACUCGCCGCCCGCCUCGCCCUCCGCCUCG